AAUUGAAGGUAUUUUUGUCAUUUUAUUAUUGUUUAAUAGAGUUUUUUCAUGGAAUGACCAAAAUGAUUGAUGAUGGACAAUUUCAAGAACCAAUUUUAUUGAUUUCAAAUCUUAAGAACUAAAGUAAAAAGUUAUAUAAAUCUCAAGAAUUAUUUUGGCUCUCAUGCUUGGCUAUAAAUCUCAAGGCACCACACUAACCUUCUACAUUUAAACCUUAAAAAAACUGCCACAAAAAAAAAAAAAAGGAAUUCUCAUCCAUCUCCCAAUACAAAUAUAUUCCCUUAAUUAAACAUUCUCUCUCUCUUCGACCAAAACAAACAUUCUCUCUCUCUUCCCACACGCGGGCACUGCACACAUGCACAUUUAUUUUUCAGUCACAAAAAUGUCCUCAUUGCAACCAUGAUUGAUAAUAUUAUUAUUUAAGAGGGAGCAGAGAGGUAAAGCAAAAGGCAAAGCAUAAGCUUAUUUUUAGAGGAGCGUAGUACUGCAUUGUUCGUGCGGCAACUUUUCAAAAAAUGGAAAAUUCACUGAUUGUACUAAUAUCAGCAGCAGCAGCAGCAGCAGCAACAGCAACAGCAAUCGUGUCGAUCUUGUCCAUAAUAUUCCUCUACAGAAACAACACCACCAACUCCAACUUUCUGAGGUUUUUUACUGCUUCUGCUACUACUUCACUCAUCGGAUCAAAACACAGAAGAACCCAACUUCCUUUGGGAACUCUUGGGCUUCCUUUUCUUGGUGAAACCAUUGAGUUUGUGACUUGUGCUUACUCCGACUGCCCUGAGAGCUUCAUGGACAAGCGCCGCCACUUGUAUGGGAAGGUGUUCAAGUCACACAUAUUUGGAAGUCCAACAAUUGUAUCAACAGAUGCAGAAGUGAGUAAAAUUGUUCUGCAGAGUGAUGCAAAAUCUUUUGUGCCAUCUUACCCAAAAUCACUCACCGAGUUGAUGGGGAAGUCCUCUAUUUUGCUCAUCAACGGAGCCCUGCAGAGAAGAAUCCAUGGACUCAUUGGAGCCUUUUUAAAGUCCCCACACCUCAAAGCUCAAAUCACCACAGACAUGCAAAACUAUGUCCAACAAUCCAUGGCAAAUUGGACAGACGACCAUCCCAUUUACAUACAAGAUGAAACCAAACAUAUUGCUUUCCAAGUACUUGUCAAAGCAUUGAUUAGUUUGGAUCCUGGUGAGGACAUGGAGUUCCUAAAGAAACAGUUCCAAGAAUUCAUUGCAGGCCUCAUGUCUAUACCCAUAAACAUUCCUGGAAGUAGACUUUACAGAUCAUUACAGGCAAAGAAGAAAAUGGUCAAGCUAGUACAGGAAAUCAUACAAGCUAAAAAAAAAGAGAGUGAUAUAAUCUCCAACAAGGUUCCCAAAGAUGUGGUAGAUGUUCUGCUGAGAGACACAAGUGAGCAGUUAACAGGAGAUCUGAUAGCAGAUAACAUGAUUGAUAUGAUGAUACCAGGGGAGGAUUCAGUGCCACUUCUCAUGACUCUUGCAAUCAAAUACCUCUCAGACUCCCCCACUGCUCUCCAACAAUUAACUGAGGAGAACAUGAAGUUAAAAGCUCUGAAAGAUGAGCUUGGAGAGCCACUGUGUUGGAGUGAUUACUUGUCCUUACCAUUUACACAAAAUGUGAUCACAGAAACCCUAAGGAUGGGAAACAUCAUAACUGGGGUGAUGAGGAAGGCCAUGAAAGAUGUGGAGAUAAAAGGGUAUUUAAUACCAAAGGGAUGGUGUGUCUUCACAUAUUUCAGAUCAGUUCAUCUUGAUCAGAAUAACUAUGAUUGGCCUUAUCACUUCAAUCCAUGGAGGUGGCAAGACAAAGAUAUGAGCAGCUGCAACUUCACUCCUUUUGGAGGAGGACAAAGGCUAUGUCCUGGACUUGACUUAGCAAGGCUUGAAGCCUCCAUUUUCUUACACCACUUUGUCACUCGAUUCAGGUGGGCGGCUGAGGAGGACACAAUUGUGAACUUCCCCACAGUAAGAAUGAAGCGGAGGAUGCCGAUCAGGGUCAAAAGGAAAGUUGGUGGGACCCACUAGAUUGGGAUCAGAUCCUCUUCUGAGUAAAAGGUGAGGAACCUCCUGAUUAAAAUCAUCGGGCUUUUGAAAUUUUAUCCAAUAACUAUAAUUAUUAUAACUUUUAAAAAAAUCUUUUGUUUGUAAUUGUUGAAUAAAAUUUCAACGGUUCAAUGAACUUGAUCAGAGGGAUUCUCAGGAGAGAGAAUCUUGAUCCACAAUUUUGUACACAAGCAAUGAUACAAAACAGCCAGACCUGAAAAGACAGGGAAAAGAAAAGGAGUGUGCUGGGUUGGGUCUCCAGUUGCACACGUGUGGUUUGAGUCGGCAGAUAUCACAAAGCUCACUCUUUUUGUCCUAUUUGAUGACCUUUAUUGCACACAUAGACAAAAGACAGUACAAAUAUAUAGUCUUCGUCGUGGGUCCUUCAUUAAAAUUUCUUUAGAAAAUGCUACAUUUAUUAUCUAUUUAUAUCGGUUAGUACUAUAUUUAUUAUUUAUUUGUAUUAUUUUUUUAAUAAAGAUAGAAUCCGUCAACACAUACGAAUCUUAUCUCUAGUAUAAAAAUAGUAUGCGAUGGACAUUGCUUAUCUUGUACUGAAUAAUCGGUAUUUUUUUGGUAUCGACUACGGCACAGUUCAUCAGUU